AUAUUCUUGCUGCUUACAAUAGAAAAUCAGAGACGGAGCAGGUCACUCAUCCCGAGAGUGCGCCUGCUCUCUGCAUACAUUCUGUUUUCUGCUGUUUUGUCUCCCGGUCUGAUGGUGUUUCCAUGUCAUUUAUGUGGAAAUUCAAAAUGUCAAGGCUGCCAUAUGUUCUGCUGCUCCUUUGUAGGUCCAUGCUUAUGUUUCCCUGCGUGUCCAAGUCAGUCUUCAUUUUCAGCUUGAUCCACUCUCUGUGUCUGCACACUGUGACAAAUGAAGUCUCUUUCUACUUGACCUCCACUACUAAGCGUGGACAAAACAGGAGUGAUUAGAAGAAUCGCAUUUUCCCUUUAAUGCUGUUUUCCUUUCAGCUCUAUCAGUCAGGACUCCUGUUUAUCUAACUGUGAACAGCUGCAGGUAGGACUCCAGCCUGACAGCUUUUGUAAAUAGCCCGCUCAGCUUUGCGGGUGAUAUAGGCUAUUUAUUAUUUCGCAUGCUAUAUCAAACAAUGAUUAGGCUCUUUUUUUUUUUCUUUUUUUUUUUUUGCUUACUUAAAAUGAAUAAAUAAAUUACUAAUCUGUGUAACUGUGCGCAUGGCUGGGUUUCAAUCUGAUUCUGCUGGAAAAAUGGUUGGAAGAAUCUAAUUAUAUCUAUAGGUUAAUUAAGUUAACCAGCGUCUUCUCAGAAAGCUGAGAUUGAUUCCAGCUCUAGUGAGGGACAGAAGGAGUGGAGGGCACACCUCCCGCGUUUGUUUUCGUCUCACGCGCGCACACGCACACAUAUACUAGCGCGCGCGCGCACAAGCAGAUACAGAGGGAGGGAGAGAGUUUGCCCCACAUCUUUAUCGCUAUAACUACCCUCCACUAGUGAGACAGUCAGUGAUGGAGCCUUCCGCAGGGGACAGACCGCCACGCGCUCUCAGGUGAUUCUCUGUCUGUCUUCUUUUUCUGCCUUUUUGGGAAAUUUGUCAACUCUGAAGAAGAGGAUGAUGAUGUUCAUCCAGUCUGUGGGAAGAAAAACUACAAACGGAGUCUAAAUAAACAUCCUCACCCGUCGCGUGGAUCCAAACUUCACCAGAAACGGUUUUACAGAUUCUCCCAGCGCAACAGUGUGCGGCUAACUGGGACCUGGUGUGUGUCAGGAGGCUAUGGUGAGGCCAUGUGCACGGGCUGGUGUGAGGCGAGAUGUAACAGCCUCAGUGGAGGAAGACGUAAAGGACUGGAUCUUCACUCAUGGCUUCGUGUGUCACUCCUGUUCUUGGCUCUGUGGGGCCAAGUGUUCCCACAGUGCCCGGACAGCUGCCACUGUGCCUGGGACACGGCCACGGUGUUGUGUUCGGAUGCUGGGCUGCGGGAGAUCCCAGAGGGGAUCCCACCAGAAACUGUCUCCCUCCACCUGGAGCGCAAUUACAUACGGAACAUCCCAGAGAGUGCCUUCAGUAACCUGGUCCGCUUGCGGGACCUGUACCUGUCCCACAACCGCAUCGACUCGCUUGCCUCUGGGGCCCUGCAACAUCUGGGGCCCGAGCUACGCCUGCUGGACCUCUCACAUAACCAGCUGAGGCACGUCAGCAAGGAGGAGUUUGGUUCCACUCGUGCAAAGACACGUCUUUACCACAAUCCCUGGCACUGUGACUGCACACUCCAGGAGCUGAUGGAGACUCUGAACCUGGAGCCUGAGACAGUGAAUGGGAUAAUAUGUGAGAGCUCUGUGCGGGUGGGUGAGGGGAGCAGGUGGGAGGAUCCGGGGUCACUGGGCGAGCACGCAGGCCAACCGCUGGUUAAACUGCUGGACUCUGGGGUGAAUUUCUGCAGUCUGCAGAGGAAGACCACUGAUGUAGCCAUGCUGGUGACCAUGUUUGUGUGGUUCUUCAUGGUCAUUGUGUAUGUAGUGUACUAUGUGAGGCAGAACCAAGCCGAGGCUCGCAGACAUUUGGAGUACCUGAAGAGUUUACCCAGCCCACGCAAGACCCCUACUGAGACAGAUACUCUCAGUACUGGUUUCUAAACUCCUGCUCAGCUGAAAUUUAAAAGAAAAUGUUAUUUUUACCAACCUUGACUUUGAAAUUCUAUGUGGAGUUAUGGUGAAAACCAGCAGUGGAAGAUGCACACACAGAGGAAACGCAGCUCCCGAACACCCUGCAAAUGUCUUCAUAUUUCCUUUCCCAUCAUAUUUUUUGCUAAUUGUGGAUAAAACAAAUACUUGCUUACUCAUCCCACCAUCUCAACUGAGAGAAAAUUUAAAAAUCCCUAAAAGUACAAAGUGAAAGUGUAACAUGUAAGACAUCUUCUUGCACCCCCUCUUUUAU